AUGGAGGCAGAUGAACCAGGGCAAUUGUGGCGCCAAUAUAUAAUAGCUGGCAUAGUCAAUAUCGGGAUGGCCAGCACCGGUUACACAAUUGGAUGGACUUCCCCUGCACACCCAAUACUGAAAAAUGCUACCAUAUCACCAUUAGGAGUAGCCGUAACGACAGAUCAAGAAGCAUGGAUCGGAUCCCUGCUUGCCAUUGGAUCGAUAUUUGGUCCAUUCCUAUCUGGGUAUAUAUCAUCAAAGUGGGGUUAUAAGUGGAGUCUCAUAUGCAGUGGUAUCCCUCUGCUCCUGGGAUGGAUUUUAAUAGUGAUCUCAUCCACCUUGUACAUUUUGUAUGCAGCCAGACUCUUCUGUGGAUUGGGUAUAGGAAUGCUGUUUACCAACUCACCCUUGUAUUGCGCAGAAAUAGCAACGGUUGACAGUAGAGGAGCUUUGGGUUCUUUCUUGCAGCUCUUCAACUCUGCUGGUUUCUUGCCCAUUUACUUCAUCGGAAGCUUUGCGUCCUACAAUACUAUCGCGUACGUGGGCUGUUCGUUUGUAGCUGUGUUCUGCGUGGGAAUGAUAUUCAUGCCGGAGUCACCUAUGUACCAUUUGACGAAAAAUGACAAGGAAGCAGCUACAAAGUGUCUCGCUAAGAUUCGUGGUCGAUCCCCCAAAGCUGUGCAGUCAGAGCUUGAUAAAAUGAAUGCUGAGGUUACUACUGCCAUGGCAAGAACUGCGACGAUAAAAACUCUCUUCCAAGGAAAUAACUUGAAGGCCAUCUUUAUCUGCUGUAUGCUGUUAUUCUUCCAACAGUUUUGUGGUAUCGAUGCUGUUUUGUUCUAUUUGAUCACGAUCUUCGAUGCAUCUGGGAUGAGGCUGGACUCUUCGAUUGCUACCAUCAUUAUAGGAAUUGUGCUGACUGUGGCAUCUGGCAUCACUUCUUUCGUUGUGGACAAGUACGGACGCCGGCUUCUUUUGCUCAUCUCAACCGUUGGAACUGCUAUUAGCAUGGGUCUCCUAGGGAUGUACUUCACUCUCGCCGACAGUCACGUCUCGGUAGUAGAUAAUCUCAGUUUCCUACCGAUCCUCUCUUUAGUAAUGUAUAUCGUGGCAUUUAGCAUUGGACUCGGACCUCUGCCGUGGGCCCUCAUUGGUGAGCUACUCCCUAUCGAAGUCAAGAACAUCGCUUCACCCAUUCCAACUUCGUUAUGUUGGAUAUUGAUGUUCUUUGUCACCAGGUUCUUUAGUCCAAUCGGAGAAGCUAUAGGAAUGGGUCCGGAAUUCUUCACCUUCGGAGUGUUCAGUAUUUUGGCAUUUUUCUUCACGCUAUUGUAUGUACCCGAGACCAAAGGCAAAACCUUUGAAGAAAUCCAAGACAUACUGUCUGGCAAGUCGUCCAGAUCACAAGAGAAGUCGAAAUGUUGA